AUUGCUACUGCAAAUUGGUGAAUGUCUUUUUUUCCCUUUUUAAAGGGUUGAAUUUGAAGGUGCAAAGUGAAAAUCCCCCCAACAAAGAUAGGAUGGAAUAUUUGCUGCCAACGCUCAGGGAGAAGCGAGAGGUGGAUUCUCUCAUCAGGGACACCCUCGACAAAGUCCUCGUCCUCCGCUUCGGCCGCUCCUCCGACGCCGUCUGCCUCCAGCUCGACGACAUCCUGUACAAAUCGGCGAGAGACGUGUCGAGAUUCGCGACGGUGGCGUUGGUGGAUGUGGAUUCGGAGGAGAUUCAAGUUUAUGUCAAGUAUUUCGACAUAACAUUUAUUCCGUCUACGGUUUUCUUCUUUAAUGCUCAUCACAUGAAGAUGGAUUCCGGAAGCGCAGACCAUACUAAGUGGGUCGGAACAUAUAUGAGAAAACAAGACUUCAUUGAUGUUGUGGAGGCAAUAUAUAGAGGGGCAAUGAAGGGCAAGCUCAUUGUAAGUUGUCCACUGCCUCCUGAGCGAAUACCAAAGUUUCAGUUGCUGUAUAAAGAUCUUUAGGAGUUUCUCAAGUGGAGGCGAAGAUGGAUACGUGAGGCUGCACCAUUUUGAUCCAGAUUACUUUAAUAUCAAGAUCUAAACAUGAAGCAUGACUUUGUAGUUUGUCACCUAUUGGUUUCAUUUUUUUGUCACCUAUUCCGUCGUGGGCAUCGACUUUUCCAGGCUCAAGUUCUAGCUCUAGGGAAAUUUUAGUCCGGAUCCGGAGUUCCCCACCCUCGCCAUUGUAAUUGCAUAAUUCUGUAAAGCAUGAAGAAUGUUUUCUUGUGGGGCUAUGUGUUUGAGAAUACUAGUGGGUUUGCGGACAGGGAGAGCAGUCGUCCAAUUUUCAUGAGAUUGAAAAUUCAUGGAAGCCUGCUGUGCUGGCCCACCUGAUGUUGUCAUCUUGCAAGAGAAAGAAAUACCAAGGAUCGGGCCCCAUGGAAGAAUAUAUGUUGGUAUAACAAACGCCAAAUUAAUCACUAUCUUUGUUUUCAUUUUUAAGUUAUUAUCUUCGCGAUGAGUCAAAAUAUGUCCGAUAUUU